GUACUACUGCCCCUCUGGCGGUGGCGGCGAUAUCUCAUGACGAUACGAAUAUUUACAAGGCAUUUAUUUAUGUGAGGAUAUAGUGACUGCAGGAGAUGAUCACAGUAUUGUCCCGAUGCGUCAGAACCAGAUGACAGAGGGUACAAUGGUUCCGACUCCCGAGUUUAAGGAACGCAGCUACUCAGCCGUUGAUGUCAUUCCCUGCAUCUCAGAAGGCUACUUCGCACUUCGUACAUUCCAAAGGAAUCGAGAGCGUCUUAGAUCCACGGCAGAGCAGAACAGAUUUGAAAUUAGGUCCCGUACCCAGGCAGCGCGGGGGCGGCCGGGCGUCACAGGCAUGGCGAUCCUACAUUGCAAUUUCGAGACGCAUCAGCGGAUAGCGAGGAAACAAACAAAGGUCAUGCAGACGCCGCAUGGAUCAGGGCAUGGCCAUAACGUCUGGAGGGGAGCGACCACCAUGAACCAAUGACUCGGCAACGAGGGGAUCAAAGGGGGAGCUAAGCCGAUAAACGAGUCCACCACGGAGGUCCAGGGGGCAAAGGCAGAGCCAGGAUUCUC